GGCUCGUUCCUUGUUCUUAAUGCCGGCAAAAUGGUCGACGAGAUCGCAGCUACGCUGCCAGACAAUGUUUUGGAAGUGAUAUUUUCUUAUCUUGACCUUCACGAUCUACGAAAUUGUUCUUUAGUGUGUAAAAACUGGUAUAGAUUUUUAAAUGACGAUAAUAAUGAUGUGUGGCGGUUACAUUGUAUUAGAAAAUUAGCAGAGGAAGCACUCAAAUCCGACUUGCUCUCCUCUGUUCCAACAUACAAGGCUAAAUUAAGAGCAUUUUAUCAUGCGUGGAAUCCAAACGACUGUUCAAGAAAUGUUUAUAUUAAACCUAAUGGGUUCACUUUACACAGAAACCCGGUUGCUCAAAGUACGGAUGCAUCGAGAGGAAAAAUUGGAUUUCGACAUGGAAGACACGCCUGGGAGGUGAUAUGGGAAGGGCCUUUAGGAACAGUUGCUGUUAUAGGUAUUGCUACUAAAGAGGCUCCGUUACAGUGCCAUGGUUAUGUUGCUCUACUAGGAUCAGAUGAUCAGAGUUGGGGCUGGAACUUGGUUGAUAAUCACCUUCUUCAUAAUGGAGACUCCCAGGGAAAUUAUCCACUCCUCAACAAUGCACCAAAAUACCAGGUUGGAGAACGGAUCCGAGUUAUAUUGGACUGUGACGAUAAUACUCUGUCUUUUGAAAAAAAUUAUGAAUUUUUAGGCGUGGCAUUCAGAGGGCUACCGGACAAGAGACUGUACCCGUCAGUGUCAGCUGUCUAUGGGAACACAGAGGUCUCUAUGGUGUACCUCGGACCACCACUAGAUGGCUAACACAGGAGAACUGUACACCUCAAACCUGUUUUCCAUCAUUUCCCCUGAAAAGGGUUGCAGUGGAAGGAUCUGAUUGCGUCACCUAUCAGCCAGCCACAUGCAGUUACGUCACUGCCUUUUGUACAGUACUAUAGUUGUCAAGGUUUUGUACAGUACUAUAGUUGUCAAGGAGAUGCUUAGUCCAUACAGUCAAAUAGAUUUGUUCUAUUUUUUCACUUUUGAAGAAGCAUUGUGUCAAAAUAACAAGUACUAAAUUACUAUGGUAUUUGUUGGAACAUUAAUCAUUCUGUAGAGAGAAAACAAUCCUAAAUAAUUAUGAGUAAUAUAAACAGGAUAUUUAUACAUUUUUACUAACCAUGAAGUCAUUUUGGUAAUGUUUAGGCCUACCAGUGUUAUAUCUCAACUAUAUAGUAAAUCUCAUUCGUACUCAUGUAACUAGUCCAUAGAGAAGUACAGGCAUGUUGUGCAACUUCUUGCCGAUAAAUUGUUUAUGUUGUGUUGGUAUGGCCAGUGUCUGUGUGUUAGCCAUGCAAGCAUUGGUGUACAGUCAUUGCCCGUCAGAUUAUAGCAUUCUCUCUAUGUUCAAUCACAGCAUGUCAAAUUGUAGUUUUUGUUGUGUUCUCUGCUAUUUGCUGUGACCUAAAAGCUCUCUGAAACUUAUUCGAAUUGUUCUAUAUUUAGUACAUUAUCAUCCAUGAUAAUCGCUUUGAGCUGCAGGCUUUCACUACUAUCAGGACCUCUAUUAACAGUUUUCAUCUUUGGUGUUGUUACCUUGUAAUAUAAUGUAAUUACUUGUUCCCUACUCAUAAAACAUUCCUUAUAUCACUGUUUUUCAGUUGAAUCAGCAUGUUGACAGUUGAACUGUGUUAAAUAUAUUAUUCAGGGUGGGCACCCGACCAAGAAACUGGGGAUAAGCUGGGAAUUUAACAGACCAGGUAAUAGUGAGGAAUCUUCCUGUAGAACCGGGAAAAUCUCAAAAACAAAGGUUGCCUCCACUAGUGAAGUGGAGUUUAUCUUGGUUAGUUCUACUCCUGAGUCACGGCAAGCCUCCUCCUCCCAAACACUUAACAAUGUAUUGAACAAUUAAAGUCAACCAAAUGAUCGUCUGAGGCCUCGGUCACUGUACAAGUGAUACUCUCUAGGCAGCAGAGCGGUAGUAGCCGCGAUACAAGCGGUGUUUUUAUGUUUUAUUCU